GCUCCGGGAUGCUGACCACGGCUCUGGAAACGGGAGAGGGACCGGGGAGACGGCAGGUCACUGCAGGCCAGCCUCCUAGAGACGAUCUCGCAGCAAGCCGCAUCAGCUUUAGGGCACGAACACGUGCACCCCUCCAAAGCGAAGUCUCGCGUUCCGGGAGAGUCGACCUCCUGCUCUGCAGCUGAAGUUCACGCUGGGAAGAACAUAGAGCUCUCCCUCCCAAAUGGCUAUCCAGUUCUCGCUGGGACCAUAAAGACUUCCGGUCUAGAGCGGAGGCCUGGCUAGCCUUCCACUCGCCUCGUUGGCCGCUUGUGGCUUCUAGUUCGGGGCUGAGUUAAACAAAGAGGCGGAGUUUGGUGACGAGCUUCCGCCAGGUUGCGCAGCAGCGGUGGGCGGGGCAAGGGAUCCGUCCCACACCGCGAAGAGUGGUCGGAACCAUCUGUCGUCUUCUUCCCCUUCCCCUUCCCCUCCCAGGAAAAGCUGGGACCCGGCACCUGGGCUAUCCCUUGGCCGCUGCGGCCUCAGCUCCAGCCAGGCCUGGGUACGGAGAGUCCAGACCGCUUCCAGGGCGAGUGCUCCUGAUUGUGACAUCACAUCCAUCCCCUUGGCAAUGGAGCUUGUCACUAGGAAGGAAGACUCAGUCGGAGAAUAGCCAGCAAGAUGGGUUACUGGGAGCGUCUCCUGAGUGGCACUGAGUGGAAGCAUCAGGGGGUUGGAGCCUUGUGAACAGGGAACCUGCCCCCAACACUUGGAAGUUCCCCGACCAGGGAUUGAACCCGUGCCCCCAGCAGUGGAAGCGCAGAGCCCUAACCACUGGACCACCAGGGAAUUCCCAAUUAUGACGUCAUUCUGACCUGGGUUUCAGUGAUGAGACAUGGGGUAUGAUGUAACCCGUUUCCAGGGGGAUGUUGACGAAGACCUUAUCUGUCCUAUUUGCAGUGGAGUCUUGGAGGAGCCAGUCCAGGCGCCUCACUGCGAGCAUGCUUUCUGCAACGCCUGCAUCACCCAGUGGUUCUCUCAGCAGCAGACGUGUCCGGUGGACCGGAGUGUUGUGACGGUCGCCCACCUGCGCCCAGUACCUCGGAUCAUGCGGAACAUGUUGUCAAAGCUGCAGAUCGCCUGCGACAACGCUGUGUUUGGCUGCAGUGCUAUUGUCCGGCUUGACAACCUCAUGUCUCACCUCAGUGACUGUGAGCACAACCCAAAACGGCCUGUGACCUGUGAACAGGGCUGUGGCCUGGAGAUGCCCAAAGAUGAGCUGCCAAACCACAACUGCAUUAAGCACCUGCGCUCAGUGGUACAGCAGCAGCAGACACGAAUUGCAGAGCUGGAAAAGACCUCAGCAGAACACAAACACCAGCUGGCAGAGCAGAAGCGAGACAUCCAGCUGCUCAAGGCGUACAUGCGUGCAAUUCGCAGUGUCAACCCCAACCUUCAGAGCCUGGAGGAGACGAUUGAGUACAACGAGAUCCUAGAGUGGGUGAACUCCCUGCAGCCAGCACGAGUGACCCGCUGGGGAGGGAUGAUCUCCACCCCAGAUGCUGUACUCCAGGCUGUAAUCAAGCGCUCCCUGGUGGAGAGUGGCUGUCCUGCAUCUAUUGUCAACGAGCUGAUCGAAAAUGCCCAUGAGCGUAGCUGGCCCCAGGGUCUGGCCACUCUAGAGACAAGACAGAUGAACCGGCGUUACUAUGAGAACUACGUGGCCAAGCGCAUCCCUGGCAAGCAGGCUGUUGUCGUGAUGGCCUGUGAGAACCAGCACAUGGGUGAUGACAUGGUGCAGGAGCCAGGACUUGUCAUGAUAUUUGCGCAUGGCGUGGAAGAGAUAUAGGAGAUCUCGACGGGCUAUCUGGAAGAGAUGAAAAUCGGAAAAUCCUGUCACUCCAGCAGCGGGGCCCUGAGUCCUCCCCACUUUCCUUAAUACUGUGGCUAACGCUAGAGCCACACAUCUCCCUGCUCUUCUGCCACUGAAGAGGGCCCCAGGGCACUCUGCUCAGCGUUUCAGGUGGGAAACCCAGAUUCCCUCCUUUUGCCUAAUAUCUUCCCCUACAAUGUCUGUAUAUUUUCCAUCUGGUUGGGAAAGUCCCCACCUCUAUUUCUGUUUUCCUGCCUAGGGUCCCUGGUUCCAGAUAUUUUCAGAAAGCACAGAGAUACUCAUUUUCUCUAGAGGAUCAGGAUGGAGUGAGGCAUCUCUAACUGUUCCCCGCCUCCAAAACCAGGGAAUCUAGAGCAGGCAGGCCUAUUGACUCUAUAAACAGCAUUUAGAGGGCGGCUCUGGGGAGCAGACAUCCUAAAGAAAUGGUAAGGAUGGAACAAAACCCUAGAAAUAAUGAGGCCAGUAGGCCAUCGCUGGUGGCCCUUAGAGGAAGACUGGACCUCUGUGCCAAGCAAUACCCUGUUCAGCCCACCUUAAAGGUGUGGGCUCCCGCUGGGUCUGCAGGUGUGCAGGUGGGGAUGCCGAAAAUUUCCAGAUGAGCUCUUCUUUCCUACACUUUCUCACGAUUAGGGAAUGACAGGGUUGGGGGUGAGGGGUUAGUCCAUUGGGGUGAAUAUGCUCAGCAGGAAGCAGCUCUCUGGCUUUUGCUGAAAUUGUGUAGGCACUGCCUCUGGCACAGGCCAUAAUAGUUCCAUAGUCCCCUCUCUCUCAGCCCUGUGAUUGUAACUAGUUAUUUUGAUAAUUUUCUUUGGCCAUUGUUUGUUUAUAUUUCACUCCCUCCCUCACAGUUUUUCUUUUUUAAGAAUGGCCUGAUUAUGGCUACCCCACUUUUCCAGCCCAGCCACAUUGUUGGCAAUUUAAUUUAUUUACUUUUUUUUUUUAAGAAAGGAAAAAGAAAAAAAAAUUAACAAAACUUAAAA